AUGGCCUUAUUUACUAACAUCCAAUCCACAGCAUUCCACACCUCGGCUUCGAGAUAUGGUGCUACACCAUUUGGUAUGCCGGCGAUGUCACCCACUAUGGAAGAAGGUGGCGUAGUUGAGUGGAAGGUGAAGGAAGGAGAUUCUUUCAGCUCAGGUGAUGUGCUACUGGAGAUUGAGACCGACAAAGCUACCAUUGACGUUGAAGCCGUAGACGACGGAAAAUUGGCUAAAAUCCUGAUUCAUGAUGGUGCAAAGGAGAUUAAGGUUGGAACCACAAUUGCAUUCACUGCUGAGCCAGAAGACGAUUUGGCUACCUUGACUUACCCGGAAGAGGAGAGUGCGAAGCCAGCACCAGCUGCUGCCGCAACUCCACCUCCAGCGAAGAAGGAGGAACCAAAGCCAGCCAAAAGUACUGAGGCACCUGCUUCCUCGGGACCAGCUUCCUCGACAAGCUCGGGUGUACUAUCCAAGGCAAACCCAUCUCAGAAGUUCUUCCCAUCUGUGGAGCUCUUGCUAGAGAAGAACUCCAUUUCGCACGAUGAAGCCCUACAAAAGAUUCAGGCGUCUGGUCCAAACGGUCGUAUUCUUAAGGGUGAUGUAUUGGCUUACUUGGGCGAGAUCCCCACCGAGGCAGUCACCUCUAUCGCCUCUUUUAUUAAUGGAAGAACCCACUUGGAUCUGUCGAACAUCAAGUUGAAGGAAGCCGCCCCAGAGGCAAAGUCAGAGUCGCCUAAGGCUGAUGCUGCCGCCCCUGCUGCCAAGGCGAAACCAGAACCAGUGAAGGUGUCAAAAUCCUACACUCUCCCAGAGGAUAUAACGAUCAAAUCAGUUGCUGAUCUUCUGGAGUCCGCCAAAGCUUCAGCCGAAAGAUACGCCUACGCUACGAAGACCUAUGCCAAGUCUGACCUGGUUGAUCCAAUCUUUGAGGACCUUGUUGCACCUUCAAGAAACAUUGAUAGAUUCAAGAUUUCCAUCAAGACGGUGGCCAGUGAGCCAGAUCUGUUUGAAACCCCCGAAGAGACUUCAUUGCCAAGUGUGGUUGUUGAGCUAACACUCAACGAAAAGGCCAGUGACUCCAAGAAGAGAGCUGAGCUUUUCUUGUCCAAGUUUGGUGAAAUUUUGUCAAAGGCAUAG